CUUGACCUAUCCUUCAUGUUUUGAGCCACUUACAUGCGGUUGGGAUCAUGGCCAAAAAGCCAAAGAAAGCCAAAGCCAGUGGAAGCAAAAAGGCAAGACGCGGAACAAAGCAGGCAAAGGGUGGAGCUGCCAAAGGCAAAUCCAGCAAAGCGAAGCAACAAAGUCGAAAGAAGACUGCCAAAGGCGGGAAAGCAGCUGGCAAGGGUACAGGGCGGUCGACUGUGAAAGGCAAGGAGAAAAGACCCAGCAAGGGAUCAGGCAAAGGAUCUGGCAAGAUCAAGAAGGAAGAGGGAAGAGUGGGAGAAAAGCGAAAGGCAGAGCUGGAAGAGCAAACCACGAAGAAGGGCAAGAGCCUUUCUGGAAAGCAACAAAGGAAGAAAGAAAUCACUAAGCUAUACGGCGAACUGAUCAAUCCUGGAAGGACUCUCAAAGCAGAUGUCCUUGUCAAGGAUAUUCUGGAGGCUCUUAGCAAGCGCUCUUCUACACUAGCUGAGUACUGCUCCACCAACCUUGGGGCUCACGUCAUUGAGGCGUGUCUAAAAUGGGGCACUCGAAAUCAAAGGCAAGACUUGCUUUCCCGGUGCUCGAGCGAUCUGAUAAAGAUGGCUCAAGACAGAUAUGGGCACCAGGUGGUGCUCAAACUGUUGCUGUACUCUUCAAAAACGUCUGCACAAAGAAAACCAACCGACGAGGAGAAGAAGGCCCAGUCAAAGAACUUGCGAGAGAUUCUGGACAAGUUUUCAGGAAAGAAUCUUCACGCAACCUUCUUCCACAGAUAUGGCUGUCGCGUGAUCAAUGGUCUAUACUACUCCACUACUGUGAAAGCAAGCGACAAGCGGCGCCUGUUGCAUAGCGUUGCCAUACCUCAGGCAGUCGCCUUACGCCGACCAGAGCUACCAAGCAGCAAGACCCUGCGAGAAGUGCUACAAGCAGAGGACUUGACAGAACAACAAAGAACGGCCAUUGCGCAGCAUUUGCAAGAAGCCGUUGAAAAGGCCAUUGAGAAGGAGCUCUUGGGGCUAGAUAUCGUGCACUUGCUGCUUCAGGCUUUCUGCGAAGUCGCUACAGACUCACAACUCACCCAGCUUGCAGAGCAAUGUAUGGAUGGUGCGGCGUAUCUCCUCUCAUCGAAAGCUGGAGCUGAGGCGUUGCUGAGACUUUUGGGAAUUGCCAAUGCCAAGCAGCGGAAGGCCUUGUGCAGAGACCUGAAGGGGAAAUUCGCCGCGCUGGCCAAGAACGCCGUGGACUAUGUGGUCAUGAUUCGGCUUGCAACGACCGUGGAUGACACGGUCAUGCUUUCCAAGAGCAUGGUCGCUGAAUGGGUGCAGGACAUGGAGGAUCUAUGCUUUGACAAAUACGGUCACAAGGUUCUUGCAUGGAUCUUCCAACCUGGUGAUCCGCACCUCUUUUCGCCCUAUGAGCAGAAGUGUGCCUCCUUGCCCUCGCCGAGCUCGCUCAAAGAGCCGGAGGCCAGACGACAAGAGCUCGUGCGGAUGCUGAAGCCAUCCAUUCGCGCUGUGUUUCUACAGAAGCCUUUGGAAGCAGCUGGAGACAACAGUGCGAAGGACCUGCUGGCUGCAUUCCUGGCAAGUGAUUGGGAUCAAGAGCUCAUACUGGCUAUUGUGGCGGCAGCCGAAGCUGAGGCCACCAAAGAAAACCUUGGCCUUCUAAACAGUGGCACAGUCACCACGACCAUGCUAAUUCUGCUGAAACUGGAGCCUGAGAAGGGACCAAAGUUAGCACAACCACUCUGGGAAAAGUGCCUAAAGCCGCAGAUGGUUGUGGCCGCUACAAGCAGAUGUGCUUUUCUUCUCCUAGCCAUGUUAAAGCGUGACCCAAUCAAAGAGCCAAUUCUGGCAGCUCUGAGGGGGAAGAAAAGCCAAAUUGAGAGAUCCGCACAAGAUGCGGAGGUGCAAGGUGCCAAAAUGAAAGGAGCUCGACAGCUAUUGGAAGUGAUCUAAGGCGGAGGAUCUUCAUCCGCUGGUUAACGAUGUUGGCGGGCAAAACCUAGCCAUAGCAGUUCUGGUGAAAUGACGGAGCUGUCUCUUCGGUGCUGGCCAGUCUUGGACGCAAGACGCCGAAGGGGAAA